UGGUACCGGGGCGCUCGGCGCUGUCUCCUUGUCCCCAUCACGGCUCCCGCUCGGCCCCCCCGCGCCGCCAUGUCCGCGCCCGGCAGCGGCGGCGACUUCGGGAACCCGCUCAGGAAGUUCAAGCUCGUCUUCCUGGGCGAGCAGAGCGUUGGGAAGACCUCCCUGAUCACCAGGUUUAUGUAUGACAGUUUUGACAAUACUUACCAGGCAACCAUUGGAAUUGAUUUCCUGUCCAAAACAAUGUACCUGGAGGACCGCACGAUCAGGCUGCAGCUGUGGGACACAGCCGGCCAGGAGAGGUUCCUCAUUCCCAGCUCCAUCCGUGACUCUGCUGUGGCUCUCAUUGUCUUUGACAUCACAACAGGUGCGGCUGCAGCUCUGGGACACGGCGGGGCAGGAGCGGUUCCGCAGCCUCAUCCCCAGCUACAUCCGUGACUCCACCAUCGCCGUCGUGGUGUAUGAUAUCACAAACUUGAAUUCUUUCCAGCAAACCUCCAAGUGGAUUGAUGAUGUCAGGACAGAGCGAGGCAGUGAUGUCAUCAUCAUGUUGGUGGGGAACAAAACCGACCUGGCAGACAAGAGGCAAAUCACCACAGAGGAAGGGGAACAGAGAGCCAAAGAGCUGAAUGUGAUGUUCAUUGAGACCAGUGCAAAGACUGGCUACAAUGUGAAACAGCUUUUCCGCCGUGUGGCUGCUGCCUUACCUGGGAUGGACAGCACACCAGAGAAGAGCAAAGAAGACAUGAUUGACAUCAAACUAGAGAAGCCCCCCGAGCAGCCAGUGACGGAGAGCGGGUGCUCCUGCUAACAGCCCCGGCAGCAGCAGCAGCAGCAGCCCCGGCGGCCGGGCUGGCGGAGAACGUCGCGCUCAUCGCCCCCGGGGCUGCCAAACCAUCCCCAAGCGAGCAAUGAACCCCUGGGUACUGGUGGGGAGCAGCCCCGGCUCCCCUCUCACUGCAUGGUUUGAGCCCUGAGUGCAGAAUGAGUGUUCUGUCUUUUGAGUUUAUUUUUUUAUGUUGUUGCACUUUGGCACCACGGUGCCCUUCACACUUUCUCUCUCUCUCUCUCUCUCUCUCCCUCUCUCUUCCUCCCUUCCUCCCCCUGUUCCCAACUAGAGUCUCCCUGCUCAGAUGUAUCUUGUGAAUGCCAUGGAAAAGCUGCCGAGUUAGGGAAGACAAAAAUGAAGCUUUGGGGGGUGGGUUUUCUGCCUUCCCUCCUGCCUUGCAUCCUCCCCCAGCCUUCUCCAGCCCUCUGUCCUGCAUCCCCACUUCCUCUGGUCAAAGGCUGCUCCUUAAACCAGUCACUUGGACUUGCCUUUUUGGACUCUGCAGGUUCCCAGGCUUUGCUUCCCACAGGGCACAGACCCCACGAGCUCUCUGGUUUCUCCUUUCUGUGGAUGAUCCUGGCUAACUCUUGCUCACCACUUCCCAGUUUUGCCCCUCGAGUCUCACAGGCCCUGGAAAGCCCCAGACUCUGAGAACUUUAGUCUUGUUGCUCCCAUUUGUGUGGCAGGGACAUCCCAGAGCCUGCUGGAAUCUCUUCCCAUCCAGAGGAUGUUGGUGAGUGUUGGCUGCAGACGUGGGGGAGGACGAGGGACCAGAGCAUUUGCAGCCUGAGGCUGGGUGGGGAUGAGAUCCUCAGGGAUUCUGGAAGCAACCAGUGACCUGGAAUCCAUCACUGCCAGGGCAAUACCUGCCCUGGGAGUCAUGGAUGCUCCUCAGGCUUCUCCAAUCUCCAUUUUCCUGUUCUUUGUCAUGAGAGCUGUUUCAUGCGGAGCAGGAGAGCCACAGCAGAGGGAAAAGCAACAUUCCACUCUCAUUCCCAGGUUGCUGCUUGAUGGAAUCAUUCCCAUUGCUUCUGCCCUUGGAGCAGAGCUCUAGGGUGGGACCAGCAGCCAUUUCACUCCUGGGGUGAGUUUUAACCUUUGCCAAAGCUGAGAGGAGCAGUGGCAGGGAAUUCCUGUCACAGUGGGUGGAGGAUUGGAUGCUGCUGAAGGGAAUUCUGUUGUCACUCCCCAACCUUGGAAAUUAGGAACUGCCUCCUUUCCCCCUACCCCUGGUUUUGAAUUAAUUCAUAGAGCUUUUCAGAGAUUUCCUGGGGUUUUGGGUCCACCAAAAAAAAAAAAAAAAAAAAAAAAAAGUUGGUUUGUCAGUUGACAGAGAGGAGAAUUCCACUAUCCUUUCCCACCUGGCCUGUGUGACACGGAGCUUGCUGUGGUAGGACAGUGAGCACAGUGUGACCACGGUGGGGGGGGUCAGUGGCACUCCCUCCCCUCCCUUGGCAAGGUGUCCCUCAGUCCAUGACACCCGAGGAGGGGAAGGGACAGCCCCGGGCUGGGAUGUGGCAGCCCCGGCCUGGCAGCAGCUCACUGAGGUCCCCAGAGUCCCCUCCCCUGGCCGCAGGAGGAAGCUGGGAUGUGAGUCCUGUCCCCCCUUCGGGAAGAUGAUCCCAUUCCCUGUACAUAGCCCCUUGUGGGAGUUGCUGGUGUCGGUGUCCGUGUCUGUAGAACAGGUGUUGCUGUCCCUCCCCAGGCAGCUCUGCUGUCCCUUGUGUUGUUCGAGUCACGGACCGGGGUGGGAGGGGGGAGACCCCAAUUAGGGGCGGGGGGUAAUUAGUGGAAUCCAAUAGUUCCCUUCCCACUGUUUUUCUGGAUGUGUUCCUGCCGUGUGUCCGGCCCCGCUGUCUUGUAGCUGUAGCGAGUAAGUGUGACUGUAACUCUGAGUAAGGACUGUGUGACACAGCCACAGUGUAUCACUAAAUAAAUAAAGUUAUUUCACCAACA